AUGGAGCAACCGGCCGUGAGCGAGACUAUCAAUGGGGGUACGUACGCGAAACACAAAAACCCCGAACGAAUGCUUCAGUCGGUCGAACGGCUUACGCAGGAGCUGGUGUCCCAGUUGGAAGAACGGCACGUGCGUACUAACCCGGAGGAAUGCAGUUCGAUCGUUACCGGCGUACAGUUCAAGAUAGGCGAAAAGGUAACGACAACCACGACAAUGACCGCGGUUGUGACGGCAACGGCGACGGCAACGACGACGACGACGGUGGCGACGAGUCGGGUAAUCAAGCCUGUGCGCGUCGUAUCCAAUCCCGGCUCACCGAGGACGCGAAAGUUACAGCGUGAAUCUUCCAUCAACAAAGAGGCGGAUGAGUCCAAGGUUAAACCCAUAAAAAGCCAAGAUGUUGAAAAGCUGUGA